ACCACCGGCCGAGCGAGCUGGGUCGAUUCGAGCAGCAGGAUGGGUGGCGGCGGCGGCGGCAGCCCGACGGCGAGCAGCAGCAGCGACGAUGACGGAGACGCCUCGUGGAGGGCGGCCAUCGACUCCGUCGCUGUCGGAGGGUUCGGCUACCCGUCGUCCAACGGCGCGGCGAAGGCCGCCUCUGGCGGCGGCGGCGGCGGCGGCGGCGGCGGCGGCGAGGACAGCAACGGGCUGGAGCAGCCGCCGCAGGAGGAGGGGAAGGCGCAAACGCCUGGGCUCAAGCUGUACCAGAUCAAGGUAAGAAAUAUGUUGGACGACAUGUUAGAGAAAAAUCUCGAAAUAGUGAGAAAUCCCUGCUUGAACCCGGCUGACCCAGAGGAAACAGGCGGAGGGAUAAAAUUAUUUAAGAAGGCACCACCUGGCAUCAGAAUGGAUGCUAUAGAUAAAUACCAUGUGCAACUCAAGAGGCCAAGGAUUCUUCCCAGGCCGGAGAUCGACGAGAAAUCAAAGAAGUUCAGACAUAUGCUUCAGUCUGUCGUUGUUGAUGGUAACGACAUACUUGUUUCCGCAAAAGAAACAUCCCAAAUAUCAUUGGCCAGAAUGGAAGCUAGAGAAACUGCAGCAAAAACCAAAGCCAAGAGGGAGGAAGAAAGGGUGAACCAACUGAAGAAGGUUAGGGGAGAGAAAUGGCUUCCUUCCGUUGCUAGUAAAAUGAAGAAAGAAAAAUCAUGGGAGGAAUGGCAGAAAAAGCGUGCGAGCAAAGGCAGUGAUGGUGGAUCAUAUCAGCUGGGCCGCAUAUGCUAAUCUAUGAGGCCAUCUAUGGGGGCACCCUUUUCCGGAUGUCACAAGUGCUUUUAUAACUUCUAUUUUGCCAUUUAUCAGUUGGUGAUGAUGGUCGACAAGGGGAUUGACUUGGAUGAAAGAUAGUGUCGGACUGGCAGUUUUGUUCUAAUCUGGAGAAUGUAACUCUGAGUAUCAUAUCAGUACCUUCUCAUGGAAAUUUUGUAACAAAAUUCUGUUAUAUUGCAGGAUUGGAUGUACUUACGCA